AUGGACAUCGAGCAGAGGCAGUCAGAGCUCAUCGAUCACUUCAUCCAGCGAGCCUCUGCGGCCUCCGACGCAGCCGCACUCGCCUCUGUCCUCGUCGAAGCCACUUCUCACCCUUCGCUCUUCGCUUUUUCCGAGAUUCUCGCUCUCCCCAAUCUUCUUCAGCUUGAAGCAACUGAGAAUUCUGCUUACCUCGAUAUGCUUCGUUUGUUUGCGCAUGGAACAUGGAGCGAUUACAAGAGUAAUGCUGACCGUUUACCACAAUUAAUACCUGAUCAGAUGCUCAAGCUUAAGCAACUUACAGUUCUUACACUGGCUGAGACAUACAAGGUACUACCUUAUGACCAAUUGAUGCAGGAUUUAGAUGUGACAAAUGUUCGUGAACUUGAAGAUUUUCUAAUUAAUGAAUGCAUGUAUGCGGGAAUAGUCCGAGGAAAGCUGGAUCAGUUGCGGCGAUGCUUUGAGGUCCAAUUUGCAGCAGGUAGGGACUUGAGGCCUGAUCAUCUGGGGAAUAUGAUCCAGACUCUCUCUAACUGGUUGUCUACAUCAGAAAGUCUGCUUGUUUCAAUCCAAGAGAAGAUAAAAUGGGCUGAUGCUAUGAGUGAAAUUGACAAGAAGCACAGGAAGGAUGUGGAAGAGAAGGUGGAAGAAGUAAAGAAGUCCAUUUUCAAGCCCUACUCAACUGGAGAAGUUACACACUGUAAGCAGGCCGACGUCGACUUCAGAGGCCAUGAGGAGAUCUGCUCUGAAUCUGGUGGAGUGAUGGAUUAUGAAGAAGAUCGAAGCCGACCAAAGAGUUUGACUUGGAUACUGUAUGCAUUGAAAUGCCUUAAAUGUGAGGCGGCAUCCAAUUUCUUGAAGAUUGUAGUAGAUAAAGGAGCUCAUGGGAUGAGUUCUUUAGUUGCUUGCCUGACUUUUUCACGGCAUGUGUCAACAGAGGAUAUCAGCUUUUGCAGACAAGCAUAUCUCAUCGAUAUUGCUCUUGUCUGUCACACCACAAAGCGAGAUAGGAACAACGGAAAAAAAAGGGGGAAAACCUGUUAA